CUAGCUCGAAACUGAUUGGUCACCUCAAGGAUUUGUUCAAGGGCAGUGCAUCUUUGAAAUUUGUGCUCUAGCAAGUAGUUUCGCUGCGACAAACAUACUUAAUUUGGUCCCAAAUAAAUGAUGGCAGUAUCGAUAGAUGAUAGCGAGAAUAACUUCACUGAAAAAAACAGAACUACAAAUAUUAAAAAAAUUACGAGUAUAGCAAAAUCAUGGGGAAUUAAUGGAAAAAUGACAAUACAUGAACUUGGUUUGCUUCUCGUCGAAAAGUCCUCAACAUAUCCCGUGCGUAAGAAUCUUUUGGAAGCAUUUCAUUUAUUGUAUCUACUGAAAGCAUCCGAUGAAACUUAUCCAUUAGUUAUUAUCGAAAAAAUCAUCACUUGUUUGACUUUAUCACUCACACAUGAAUAUAAACUUGAAGCAUUGAAAAUACUACUAUUGAUAGCUCAGGAGGAGAAAGGAUUGCGCAAUAUAUUAAGGUUGCAAGGUUGUGAUGCUACGCUCAAUCUGUUGUUUAAAGCUGAAGAAGUCUUGAAACCUUACUGUUUAAAUCUAUUGAUCAGAAUUUCAGAAUCUUUGAGGGGAAGGAUUGCUAUUCUUGAAUAUGCGGACUCGUCUCAGCAACUCCUUCUACAACUACAAAAGUCGAAAAAAUUUAGUAAUCUAAUACUUCAGCUCAUAACUAAUUUGUUGGGAGUACCUACAGCUAGAAAAAUGUUCAGUGUUCCAAAAUUUAUCAGUUAUUUAUCCAGUAAAUCAGAUGAUUCAGAAUUAAAUCUACGCAAACAAUUAUUAUUAUGGUUAGUUAAUUUACCAAGUCAAAAUCUAGUUGAUCAUUUGGCUUCACAAUAUGGUUUACAUGAUCAAAAUUGGAAUAUUUCAACCGAAAACAAGUAAUUUCGUAAAAGUUUAACUAACACAAUUAUCACAAUUUACUAGUUGGCAUUUUAUGCUUCGAUUUAUUUGUUUAUUGUUUUAGUGAAAUACAACAUAAUAUUUAUCAAAUGACUUAACUUUUUCUUACUUCACAAUAAAACUACAUGAUAUUGAGGGAA